AUGAAUUCCUCUCGGAUUUUAUCCUAUACAACUAGGGAACUAUUAUCAUCGCGAGUAUCUUACUCUAUUAUCUACUCUUCACGCAAUGCUUAUAAAAUUCCACCUACUUUUCAGCGAACUCUCACAACUACUUCAAUUAAAGCCCCGACACCUACUUAUAAAUUAAAGAAUUUCCUUAUUGGAACAACUAGUGUCUUUGCCUCGAUUUUCUUUAUAGAAUAUUAUUUUGAUUCUAGAGCAGCAAUUCACAGAUAUCUUUUUACGCCCUUGUUGAGAAAUGUAACUACUCCAGAAUCAAGUCAUAAAUUUGCCAUAUGGAUUUCCAAAUGGGGCUUAAAUGCUAAAGAUAGAUUACCUGACGAUGAAAGGCUUUCUGUUGAGGUAUGGGGUAAAAAGAUAUCUAAUCCGAUAUGUUUAGCAGCAGGAUUUGAUAAACAUGGGGAAGCCAUUGAUGGUUUGUUUGACCUUGGAUUUGGAUAUGUUGAAAUAGGAAGUGUAACUCCCGAACCUCAGCCUGGAAAUCCAAAACCACGAAUUUUCCGUCUUCCCGAAGACAAGGCCGUGAUAAAUCGUUAUGGUUUCAAUUCUGAUGGUCACAACCAGGUGGAAUUAAGACUACGUGAUCGCGUAAGACGUUACCUUUAUCAUUCAGCGAAACUUCAUCCUAGGACGACUGCGGCACUGCUUGCCUCAUCACCAGAUGGUGUGUCAUUGUCUGAUGCGUUGGGAACAAAUAGAAGUUUAAAAGAGGGAAAAUUGCUGGGAAUUAAUUUAGGAAAAAACAAAUGGAAGGACGCUGAAGAUAUUCAGGAUUAUGUUAAAGGAGUAAAGACCCUUGGAAGUUAUGCCGAUGUACUGGUGAUAAAUGUCACGGAUGCACGUAAUUCGUUACAUGAACCGCGUCCGGCCAUAUUGGUUAAAAUUGCACCUGAUCUUUCCGAUGAAGAAUUAGAAGACAUUGCAGAUGCAGCUUUGAAUAUUGGCGUGGAUGGCGUUAUUGUGUCCAAUACGACCAUAUCAAGACCAGACAUAUUACAAAGUGAUCCUUCUUUAAUAUCUGAAACCGGAGGCUUAUCGGGACCACCAGUUAAACCAUUAUCGUUAAAAGCAUUACGUAAAAUAUACCAACAUACAAAUGGAAAACUUUUAUUGAUUGGUUGUGGGGGAAUUUCAAAUGCUCAAGAUGCAAUUGAAUAUGCAAGAGCAGGUGCAACUUUAGUACAAUUAUACACCAGUUUUGUGUAUGAUGGUGUUGGUAAAGCAAGAGAACUUAAAGAUGGUAUCCUUGGGGAAUUAAAAGAUAAAAGAUGGUCUGAUAUUAUUGGUGAGCAAUAG